AUGCAGCGAGUGGACAGAGAGUCCGGGGCUGAAGAGCGGAGUGAGUGGAGUGACCACAGUGAGCCGAGUGCGGACAGCGCGGUGCGGCUCAGCUGCAGAACACGCAGCGGAGAGUUCAGCACAUGCGGCCGCUGCCAGUCGUGUGUGUGCACCGCUAACCUGUCCGGGUCAGCGCAGUGGCUCCUCUCAGCCGGAGAGGCGGCGAAGCGGAGGUUCCUCACUGGGAUCUUGGUGCGAUGCCGGAGCGUAGAGAUCCUGGAAAAGGUCCAGAAUGUUCUUCAGGUGACUUUGGGGAAAGAUUUCACUUACGCUAGGUCUCAUGUUAAAGCGGUCAGCCAGGAGGAGUUCAGAGACUGCGGCUGUGGGAUGAGCAUGAUGGACACCUGGGAGUGGUUCAGUAAGAGUCCCAACUGGACAAAGUCGAACUACCUGUUGGGAGUCUUGUCCCUGUGUGACACCGAGCUGCUGCACAUGCUGGGGAAUCUAGUCAGUGUCCUCAUAGCUCGAGAGAAGCGAGGUUUUCUACAGUUCAACACAGCUGGCAUGGAUGACGACUGCAGCUCUCUGUCAGAAUCACAUUACUCCUUCCAUUCUGGUGAUCAUCCAGAGCUGGAUCUUCUCAUCCAGGCUAGCUCCACCUACAAGCCUGUCUAUGAGUGCUUCCCUCAUGAAACCCAGGAUAACUGUGCAGCUGAGAUUCUGCACAGAUCAGAACCCACAAAGAAUGCAAUCUGGAGUGAGCUGGAGGAGGUAACUUUCAGAGGUCGGAGGGGAAAAGACAGUGAUACACACUCGGACAGCUCCGAGGAUCCUGCCCUCAUGGUGGUCCCCCGGUCUUCCAAAUCCAUGUCAGGGGUCAGCCUCCACCGAGACUUCAUUCGAAGGCUUCCAGUCGAUAUCGCCAAGAGGAUUUUAGGUCUGCUGGACACAGCCACUCUUCAGCACUGUAAACUCGUGUCUCAGCACUGGCGCUACUUAACAGAGGAAAUCCUAAGAGAGAAUGAAGUGAAGAAAAUGGUGGAAAACCAGGCAAUGGUUUUGCAGGGCAGCUCUUCCCUUGGAGUCAAUCCUGUUUAUGCCAGGAUCCGUGAGGUCCUAGUGCCCCUCAGAGAAGAAGAGAUGUAUAUCCAACCUCUGGCGAUUUCCCCUAAAAGUAAGAAUGUCAGGGAUUUUGAGUCGGCCUAUGUAGGUGUUAAAACCAAGGCAGUGGAAAUGGAAGAGCGGAAUGUGUACUGCGGAGUCUUCAACAUCCUGGUUCUGCUGGACAGAGAGGACCCCAGCAGAGUGAUCCAUUACAGUGGAGGCCAUAUGGUGGCAGUGGGCUCAAAGGACCGCAUGGUACACCUGCUGGAUGUCUCGCUGCUGAAAGAAGUCCCACUGCGGAUGCAGGGCCAUGCGGGCAGCGUCCGAGCCGUCCUGGUCUGUGAGGAGAGGGAUUUGGUCAUCAGCGCCAGCUAUGACCUCAGCAUCAGGUGCUGGAGCCUGAAGACAGGAGCAUGUACCUUGCUGCUAUGGGGGCACAUGGGUACCAUCAACUGUUUGGACCUGCAUGCAAAUCUUCUAGUUUCUGGGGCCAGAGACUGCAGAGUCAAAGUGUGGAACCUGCAGACUGGUCAGUGUUGUGAGAGGCUGAAGUUUAGGCACCGUAAACCUGUAGUGUGUGUGAAGAUCAGUGCAUCUCUGGUGCUCAGUGGCUGUGAGGGAGGCCAGGUAAAGAUGUGGGAGAUGGAGAAAGCAGCUCUACUGAAGGUUGUAGAUGGUCACCAGGGCUGUGUGAAGUGUCUGUUCUUUGACCAGUGGCAUAUCCUGUCUGGAGGGUCAGACGGGCAGGUCCUGGCCUGGAGCACCAACGCUGACUUUACAAAGAGCCUCAUGACCUUCCACCACCCAAAGGAAGUGCUAACCCUGUCAUUCCUCUUCCUGCGGGUCAUCACCGGUUGUGCAGAUGGAAAGAUCCGGAUCUUUAACUUCCUGACUGGGGACUGCCUUCGAGUCAUCAAAAUCAGCACCAACCAGAGCCCCAUACUCUCUCUACACGCACACAGCAACAAUAUCUUGGUGAACAGCAGCAGUCGUGUGUUGCUGCUGCGGUUUUCUCAGGAGCGCUGGGACUACUCUGCUCAGUCUGAGCGGAGGUCUGCUCUCCAUCUUCCUCUUAAUGGCAUUGCUGAACGCAAGGCUCUGUCAGCCUCAUCCAAACCAAAGACCUGCAAACGGGACGGGAGAGCCAGAGCACGAGUCUUUUCCCACCACACCAGGAGUCUCUCAGCACCCCCCACGCAACAGGCACACGCUGCCCAGUCCAUGCAUCCGGCCACGUGGAAUGAACGGCAUGACCAGCAGACCUCCGGCCUGUCUCCCAGCAGACCCAUCAGUGGACACAGCCGGGACACCCAAACACCCAGGAGCACUGCCACUGGCUCAGAUUUGUGCAAACUGCAUGGCGAGAGAGCAGUCCGAGAGCAUGUGAAAAAGAGAGGCGUCCAUCGUCCAAUGACCGCUCCACAGAUGCUUUUAAAGGUCCAUCCCACUCAGCAGCCUCACAGCUGCGACCUGGCCAUGUCCAAUAUGAGGCUGAAUGCUGCGGUGCGGGACGCCUGGGGUCCGUCUCCGACUGGUUUAGAGCCCCAAACCAGAACAUCUCCCUCUCCUCCGCCUCCUAAAGCCCCUAAACGGCCACAUUCGACCCCUAAGCCCCGUACUGAAUCCUGCUAUAAAGGUACAGUUAAAAUCUACACCCCUCUGAGGACCCACACGGUGGACCUGCACCUCCAGCCUUCCCUGCAUUCCAGAAAUGUUUACUCCAGCAUCCCUCCCCCAACGCUAGUCCAGCCCCAAACUGGACUGGGCAUCCAUGAGCCACUAUCCCAUCCCAAACCCAAAUCCAGACAACCCCAGACAGCCUGUGGUGUGCGUAAGGUUGGUGCCUUCACCACCACCGCUGAGGAGGACGUCCAGAGUCCUCAGAAGAUGUUCAUGAGGAGUAUAGUGAAGCACCCAGGCCGCCAUGUUGACUUUGACCUGCCUAGUAAGCCGAGGAGAGCACACAUCCCGCUGGAUCCCUUCAGAGAGCGUGGAGGCUUUCAGCUGAAGACGGACACAGAGCUGGAGGAACUCAUACAAGCACAGGCUCAGCUACAUCACAUGCCCACACACACUGCAGAAGACAAUGAGAGGCAGCGUAAGACUGCCUGGAAACUGAAAAUCAAAGGCGUGCCCCCUUAUGACUACACGAAAGAGGACCAAGUGUACGCCCCAGAGCUGGGGGAGGACACAUACAUCUGA